AAGAUCUUCCUUUAAACUUCCUGGUUUUACAUGCUGUAGACUGUAGCCCUCCAUGAGCUUUCUUGCAUGCAAGCCCACAGGCCGUCAAGUUAAUCAGUUGGUUUCAGUCAGAUGGCGAGUGGACAGCUGUCGAGGGCGGAGGCAUUGGUAUGUUCAGACUGCAGGCAUGCAUGCCACGUGAUGCUCUACUCUGACACGAAAACUCGGCUGUUUGGAAAAAUCCCCAUUAAACAUAUCAUACUGAUGCAGAUGCGCUUUGAUGGUCUGCUGGGUUUCCCUGGCGGGCUCGUUAACCUAUCGGAGGAGACCCUGGAGGCAGGGCUUGGCAGGGAAUUACUGGAGGAGCUGGGCGUGGCUCUUCCUAUAUCGGUAGAAGAUCAUGUGGACUCUUGCCAUGCCCCUGCAUCCUCCCCUUCCUCCUCCCGUCUUAUCACUCACUUCUACGUGAAGAAGAUGGAGGAGGAGCAGAUUAGGGAGGUGGAGAGUGCGGCUGCAUCCACAGCAACAGAUCAUGGACAGGAGGUUCUGGGAAUGGUCAGAGUCCCACUCUACAUCACAAAAGGUGGGGGAGGCCUCUCGUCUUUCCUGUCACACUCAUUCAUCGGCAACGCUCGCUCACAGCUGGUCGACGCUCUGCUGCGCUUCAACCUGGUCACCCCCAAGGAACUGCACAAAGCUCUCACACACUCUCUGAAGACAAAUAUGCACACCACAGAGGACCUGCAAGCAGCCCUCGCGCUGACAGAGGCGAAAAGGAAACGGUUUUGAAACACACCUGCACGUGCACAAGCACAACCUCUCAAGCACGCAUAGAGAUGCAGUUUAUUGCCCAACAGCAACGUAACUUGUUCAACACAAUCCUUCACUCACACAUUUAAUCCUACACACACGCACACACAGUUUGUUGCACUGAUUCUGAGCUGGUGACUCAUAAAUAACUACUCUGCAUCAAACAGUUUGGGGAAAACAUCAUCAACUGCUUUACUAUUAAUGGAAAUAAAAUCAUUCACACUGUCAAUCACA